UGCAUUUGCAUAUAGGCGCAGGCCCAGGUUCCACCAUUCUAGUUAUUCUAGAUACACAGCCUGCCUGUCGGUGGUCCUCCGUUUUGUUUUCCUGUUUUUCCUAUUCCCUAUAUCUAGGACGCCUUUCCCUCCCUCCGUUGACAUUAAUUUACCCUUAACAGCCCACACACCCUUUCCACUCUCACCCACCCCACAGUUUUACAAUAUUUUGGUCGAGCAAGCCAAGUCUGAAAUUUUGUGACCAUGCUGCGUCCAGUUCCCAAUAUCGAAGACUACGGCAUCACCGCAGAGCAUGGUUUCCUUCCCGAACAACCACCGGCCACAGAGCUCCCAGCAUACUAUGCGCCAUGGGAGACGACCGUUGGGAAUCUCCAGCCGCUAAUACUGGCCGGAAGACUACGGAACACAAUUGAAAACAUGCCUGUGCUAUCCCUCGAGUAUCUUGAGUCAACUCCGGAAUGGCGACGUGCAUAUUCCAUCCUGGGAUUCCUGCUGCAUGGGUAUAUUUGGGGAGGAGACCAACCAGCGGAUGAAAUCCCUCAACCCCUUGCUAUCCCACUGUUGAAAGUCGCUACUCACCUGGAGUUGCCGCCGGUGGCUACUUUCGCUGGUCUCUGCCUGUGGAACUACAGACUCAUAUUCCCUGAUGAGCCUGCAGAUUCGCUUGAUAAUCUUGCUACUCUAUUCACCUUUACCGGCUCUAUGGAUGAGCAGUGGUUCUACCUUGUUUCCAUAGCCAUUGAGGCCAGGGGUGCCCGAUCCAUACCUCUCAUGCUCAAGGCUAUAGCUGCAGCUCGUGCUGACGAAGCGGCGGAAGUGACGGAGUGUCUAACCAAGUUUGCAGAAGUCGUUGACGAAGUAAACAUGGAACUCCAGAAGAUGUACAAACAUUGUGACCCACAUGUAUUCUACCAUCGCAUUCGCCCGUUCUUGGCAGGGAGCAAGGGUAUGGCCGAGCUUCCGCGCGGUAUCCUAUUCGAUGACGGGUCUGGCUGCCAGGAAUACAAGCACUAUCGCGGCGGAAGCAACGCCCAAAGCUCGCUGAUUCAAUUCUUCGAUAUCGUUCUAGGUGUUGAACACAGACCAACUGGCGAAUCUAGACCGAAAUCAAGCUCCUCGCCACUCCCAACAUCCUCUUCAAGUGAUGAGAGCGGAGAAGGCAGGAAAAGGUGGCAUAACUUCCUCAUGGAAAUGCGGGCUUACAUGCCAGGACCACACCGGAAAUUCCUCGAGCACGUCUCCAGCGUAUCGAACAUCCAAAAUUAUGUCCAAGCUCACCAGUCGAAUACCGAGCUAAUCACAGCUUUCAAUACGGCUGUAGCAAUGGUCAAAGCUAUUCGUACAACCCACAUUACAAUGGUAUCACGGUACAUUGUUGUCAAAUCGCGCGAAGAGCGGAAUACAAAGGUCCCAACAUCACCUUCAGCAACAUCAACAGGCUUAAACCGGCCUGAGUCUCAGCCGUUAUCAACGCCCGGCGGAAUGCUCAUGUCCAACCGGCCAUCGAAAGGCGAAAUUAAAGCGCCCCUUCGCGGCACCGGAGGAACAGCCCUCAUUCCUUUCUUGAAACAAGCCCGGGAUGAGACCGGUGAAGCAGCCAUUGGGCCAUGGGCCAAGAAACUCCUGGAUAAAGCUGGUGUCCAGGCCCCCAAGGUGGCCUCCCUGCCUAAACUUGACGAGCAUGCUGACGGACAGAAGCAAAUUGUUGGCCUAGCUGGUACCUGGUCUAUGGAUGAAGGCGAAGGCGGCCUUUGUCAUUGGUAAUUGCCUCUACUUUCUGAAUGCCGGCGUCUUCUUCUUGCUUUCUCCACUUAAUCCUUUUCAAUGCCUUUUAUUUUGCGGCUGAAUAAUGCCCCCUUCGGCCUGAUGACUGUAUUAAUUAUAUCCUGUCUUGACGUUUCUGGCUCAAUUUUAUUUCCUAUCCUUUUCCGAUUGAACUUCCUAGAUUAUUGGUUUCACCGGCUUCCUGUAUGUGAAUAUAGACAGAACACUAUUCUUAUACCUUGCUUGGUUCUGGCCCAAAACUUUGCGGGUUAGUUUAGUAACUAGAGCUUCGUCUGCUUUUCAGCAAAAUAGAAAAAAAUUGACAAUGAAGAAACUGCCUUGGAAGCUCUAUUUUUAACCACACAUCAAAUAAAUUCGUAAAUAGCAUAGAUCGUCCUUUUCCCUGAGAUUUUUCCAGAUAAAGUAAAGCCGUUUUUGGCUAUUAUCUUAUCUA